UCCCGAUUGUCUAUUUUUUUAAAUAAAAUAUAUACCAAAAGACAAUGCAAACAAUAUUUUCGAUAAAUAUUGUUAGAAGUAACGAUAGUUGAUAAUGUAUUGUAGGCCUAAAUGUUUUAAAGUAACGAGAGUAACUAAUUUCACUAAAUAUUUAUUACGAAAGUGGGCGAAAAUAGAAGAAAAGAAUUUUAUUGUGAGAACACGUCAUGUACAUACAGUUGUUUUAAUGCCUCGUGCUUUCUGGUUUAACAUUUCUACGUAAAAUAUCGCAAUAAUAAUAACGCAAAAGAAAAAAGUAAUUGUUUGUUUAGUCUUGUUUUUGUUUUUAAUUCAACACUGUCUGUGCGAUUUUAAAAGGGUGUUUUUGAAGGAAAUCAAUUUGAUCGGGAUAAUCAUAAAUGUAAGGAACCGUUACGUCGGCCGUUGGUGUGAAAAACCUUUGGAUGUUUUGAUUUGCUUCAAUAUUUGGUCAGCCGUGUAGAAAUUGAAUACCGUGUAACCACCCGCUUAUAAGUACCUUUGUACAUUUUACAAGCCAGCGUCUGACCAGAGGUAUACAGUGUUGUAUAGGCACAUCAUUUGAACACUGGGGCGGAUCCAGGCGGACAUUAACGUCCUAAUAAUAAUUAAUUAUUAAACGCCAAUCCGUCGACAAAGAACGCAGGUAAGCAUAUCCUGGCAUACUACAGUUAUGUAGUUUCGUUGAUUUAGAAUACAACAUUUAUUAAAGUUUUGUUGUUUCCCUUAAAGUUACAAGUUUUUUCUCAUUGAGAUACAGUUUUAUUUUAUUUCACCGAUUGAGCAGUGCGUGAGUUCACGCUUUCUUAAAACACGAUGUUAAAACCUGUAUAUUUAUCAAUCUUAACCAAAAUUUGGACAAUUAUCGCUAUACUUACAGUGUAUAAAGGUCAGUAUAUAUAGGCCUUAUUAAACAAAUCUCUCAUGAUGUAUAUUUUAAAUAUUUUUGUAUGCGGUUCCAUGUGGUCGUCGUGUUUUAGAGAGUUUAAAAUCCAUCAGACUGGGUCCGCAAUAACAUAAGCAAGUAAAACGAAUAAUAUACAGUAGCCAGGGGCGGAUCCAGAGAUUUUCUGACGGGGAGGGGAGACAAUAUGAAGUUCACGCCGCCACGAUCACCUUAGCCCCCACCAAUAAUUGGUAAAAAAUCGAGCUCUCCUUUCGCCCAUUGCUGUAUCGCCAAUGAACUCAUGGGUGCACUCCCUUUUUAGCUCUUCCUCUCCUUAACUCAAAUUUUGUCACCCUCUAUUUUAUAUUUCGGCUUGACUGACGUGGGCACGGGCCCACAUGCCCCCCCCCCCACCGCUGGAUCCGCGCCUGAGUAGCUCAUUAUUAACAGCAUGUAUAAUCUAAAUCAUAACGAAUACUCAAACAAAAUUGUAGCAUAUCUCAUGACUCAAUCUAGUCUAUUGAAAAAGGUUAGGCCUAUAUUCGACCUUUUCAUAAAGUAAACAAAUUUAAUAUUGAAACCUCGUUAAAUCCAACACGUACGCUUUGAUCAAUCGUGUCGUGUUUGUGUGAUUUAGGAGGCAUUUGUCUACAAGCUAUUAAACUACUGUAAUGAGACCGGGUCCAAACUCUAUCUAAAAAUCAAUUAAUUAUAGGGUCAUGGACUUCAACCUUUACGAUGACUCCGACUUCACAAGUAAAACUACCGGUCGUUAUUCAAAAUGAAAACCGGUCGCUUGAGAAAUAGACUGCCAUGCCUACUUGUUUUAGUGUUGGUUCCAUUUGGCUUACUCUCAAUUUUCUAUACUUAUAACUCGAAGUUACGAGCGAUUAAGAAACCCAGCUUGCAAUAUGCAGAAGUCGUUACGAUCAUUAAAAAGUCAGGCCUACAAGUAAACCAGCCACAGGAAAAUCAACCAGAGCCACAAAAGAAAACACAAACACAGAGGAAGAUAUUCCUUGACUGUGGAGCAAACGUGGCAUCCUCAGUACAGUUCUUUCGCGAAACGUAUCCUGAUGGGAAGAAUUUUAUUAUUCACUCAUUUGAAAUCGAUGAGAGAUUGGCGCCAUAUUUCAAGCCAUACUCCAACCACGUGCUUCACUGCCCUGUCGGUGUGACGUCACAGAAUGGCAGUAUGACGGCAUACACGGAAUCUGCUUGGUCGCCAAAUAAGGGAAAAAAUAAUGGAAUAGAUAUGCAGUGGGGAGGUGGGACACUUUAUGUUGAUAGAUUUGAAAAAGCUGACAUUACAACCGGUGGCAAACGAAAGCUGAGUCAUCGUCGACGCAUUCCCACCAUCGACCUCUCUAUGUGGAUUCAAACGAAUACAAGAAUUGAGGAUUAUGUUAUCCUAAAAUUGGACGUAGAGGGUGCUGAAUUUGAGAUUUUCAAGAAAAUGUUGAAGGACGGAACUUUUAAAUGGAUCGAUAAGCUGUAUGGCGAGUAUCAUUUUCAUCAACCAAUCGAAAUGGCCGCCAGUACGAAACGUUCCAUUAUGUAUGAAGUUGAAAAAAGGGCAAUGAAAUUGAAACAAUGGGGUGCAGAAUAUCGAACGUAUUCCGACUUCGGGGAACUCCACCCAAUAAAGGUACCGCCGGGCACAUCUGGUAAGCCUGGUGUUGUCUAUAGCAUAUGUACCGCUGGUGAUAAAAGACAAAAAGUAGCUAUUGCCAUUGAAGUAGGCAUGAACAGAAAAUUAGCAGAGAAAGUGAUUGCCACAGUGAUGGCAUAUAAACCCGAAAUUCCGGUCACUCUCUUCGUGUACGGCGACUUUGUGGAGGAGUACCCGUCCCUUGUAGAGUCUUGGGCCAGCCGAUUUGAGAUAGGCAUACGGGGUAACCAUCCAUAUCCCCAUGGUCAUGCAGAAAUGAUUAUGGGUAACUGGAUUAAAGAGGCAGGAAUUAGUGCCGAGUUACGAUUGGAGGAGAUUGGUGUGGUUACCAGGUUCUAUAUGCCACCCUGUGACGUAACAGAUAUUAUACGAGGGCAAGGAAGACAUCGAGAGUGGCGCAUAAUUAAACCAAGUUCAAGUUUUCCACCAACUUACGAGCCACUGCUAACUGUUGCCAAGUACUACAAAUACCGUGAUGUUGAACGCGUGCCGAAAGCACUACGCAUGAUCAACGACCAACUAGUGACAUCAAAAGGUGGUGUUCUUAGUCUAAACACUGACCACCCAGAUUCAUAUAUGAUCAUUGUAUUUUUACUUGACUACCUUGUUGAAAACUCAGGUUACGAGUUAGUCACAAUGGAAGAUUGUAUAUCUGAAGUAUGAAAUUUUGUGCAGGGCCUACUGAAAACCCAAACCAAGGUGGGGCUGAAGAAAUGAAGGUGGCCUAUUUGUUGAGGAAUGACUAAAUGCCGACGCCAAUUACAUGAUGAUGCUGUUUAUAAGAUUAGUUUCGUUUGUGCUUUAGAUUUUAUAAAAGUCAAAAUAAAAACAGUAUGGCCAUGUUAUUCUUCAAGCAUGGUCUUACUAUUUUUAAGGUACAAAAUUAUUAUUUAAAACUCAGAAAGUGGGUUUUUGAAAGAGCAUAAAAGUAUUUCGAAUUCUUCAAAAUAUAUAUUUUUGCAAAAAAAAGAGAAAAAAACACCGACUCUAGAAUUUUGAGAUGAGCUUGGGCAUCAAAAAGUUUUAUUUUGGCAUAAUUCCAUCUUGUAAUUGACAAUUGCUUUUGGAUACAUAGAAAAUCAUUAAUCAACUUAUUAAAUUAUAUUUUCUACUCA